AUGACGGCCAUGAACGGGCCGCGCCCGGCGCAUUGGCCUGCGCCGCUGCCGGUGCGGCAGGUGUCGGACGCGACGGUCGUGUCCGUUCGGUUCAGAAUCGCGUACUACACGGAGUGGGGCCAGAAAGUGAAGAUCUUCGGGCGCGGUUCGACCUUGCUCGGCGACGGCGAUGUCCAGCACGGCUGCACCAUGACUUGCUUCCAUCCGCAAGACAAGAAGGACCAGCUCGUGUGGGAGGCGCUCAUUCCGUGCCGUCCGGGGCAGGACCUGACCUACAAGUACGCCGUGUUGGGGGGCGACAACCGCGUGGUGCACAUGGAGCAGGAAUACCGCACUGUCAACCUGCCCGACCGCCUCCGUGACGGAGACUACGUCGAACUCCACGACAGAUGGAUGGCCCCUGGGCAGCCUGACGCAAUCCUGCACCGCGCUGCGUUCGCCGAGGUCAUCCACCGCGUGGACGUGACCGACGCAGCGGACGUGUCCCCGCGGCAGCACGCGGAGGCCACCGCCCGCGCCCUGGCGUCCCUCCGAGAGUCCCGGCUGUCCCCGGCGUCCACCGAGGUCCUCGUGAAGCUGCGCGUGUACUCCCUGCGGCUCGAGCCCGGGCAGAAGCUGUGCGUCGUGGGCUCGAUCAACGCCCUCGGGAGCUGGUCGACGAGCGACGCGCUCGACAUGCGCUACACGGGGAAGCGGUACUGGGAGGCGGAGUUCCCGGUCGCCGUGUCGCUGUUCCCCUUCUCGUACCGAUACGCGCUGUACAGCCCCGGCGGGCAGCGCACGAUGGAGCACGGCGACGCGCGCGUGUGCGUGCUCGACCCCGCGAAGCCGCCGUCCGGGUCCGCGCAGGCCGCGCUGGCCAGCAGCCUCCCGGACGACCUGGGCGCGCGGCGCAGCAAGGACGAGGCGGCGCGCGCGGCGGCGCCGCCGCCGUCGAGCCCCGGGCGCACGAUGCACGUGCGCGCCGCGAAGGCGCCGGUGCUGGUCGUGGUGAACGACGGGCACGUGCGGUACCAGGACAACUGGAAGGGCGCGGGGAUCUGCGUGCCGGUGUUCUCGCUGCGGUCGGAGACGUCCGCGGGGUGCGGGGACUUCGAGGACGUGAAGAAGCUGGUCGACUUGGCGGUGCGGUGCGGGAUGAAGCUCAUCCAGCUGCUGCCGGUGAACGACACGCAGGUCCACAACGACUGGCGCGACUCGUACCCGUACUCGUGCACGAGCGUGUACGCGCUGCACCCGCUGUACCUGUCGAUCGAGGUGCUGAUGCGGAACGUGGACAGCCACGCCGGGCGCACGCAGCCGUCGCAGCUCGGCGGCCUCGGGCACCAGCUGUUCAGCGCGGCGGGGGAGCGCAGCAGCGGGAGCGUCGGGGGGCUCGCGCGGAGCAGCGCGGGCAACCCGGGGAACAGCCAGGGCGCGAGGAGCGACGGGAGCGGGGACGACGACGCGCUGAAGGACACGUGCGCGCCCGCGGGCGGCCGCCUGAGUCAGGCGGACCUGGUCCGCCUCAAGGCGCAGGUCGACAACGAGGUCAAGCGGCUGCGGCGGGACCUGGGGGAGCAGUCGUCGCCGCGCCCGGACAUGGACUACGAGCGCACGGCGCGCGAGAAGCAGCGCGUGGCGCGGCUGGUGUUCGACGCGUGCGGCAACGGGACGAUGACGUCCCCGGGGUUCCGCACGUGGUUCCAGGCGAACGCGCACUGGGUGCGGCCGUACGCGGCGUUCUGCCUGCUCAAGGAGCUCUUCGGGACCGCGGAGCACUGGAAGUGGGGCGAGCUCGCGAAGCCGUCGGCGGAGGUCAUCAACCGCCUGACGGCGAGCGACACCCCGCACUACCACGGCGUGGCCUUCACCUUCUGGCUGCAGUACCACCUCCACCUGCAGCUCGAAGAGACCUCGCAGUACGCCAAGCAGCACCGCGUCGCGCUCAAGGGCGACCUGCCCAUCGGGAUCGACAAGCGCUCGGUGGAGGCGUGGCUCGAGCCCCGGCUGUUCCGCAUGGACGUCUCGCUCGGGGCGCCGCCGGACUACUUCAACCCGAUGGGGCAGAACUGGGGCUUCCCCGUGUACGACUGGGUCGCGAUGGCGCGCGACGACUUCGCGUGGUGGCGCCGCCGCCUGCACCACAUGGCGCAGUACUUCCACGCGUACCGCAUCGACCACAUCCUCGGCUUCUUCCACAUCUGGGAGCUCGACGGCGACAACGUGACGGGCAUGCUCGGGCACUUCCGCCCCGCGCACACCCUCUCCCCGCGCGAGCUCGACCAGCUGGGCAUCGCGUCGUCGCCCGAGGACCUCGCGCGGCUGCUGGACCCGUACAUCACCGACGAGAUCCUCGACGACGUCAUGGACGGCGACGCCGCGCUCGUCGCGGAGGCCAAGGCCAAGUACCUCGACGGGCCGGACCCGAAGACGCACCGGUACCGCCUGCGCCCCAACUUUUCGUCGGAGAAGGCCAUCUGCACGGUGACCGACGGGCUCGAGGGGGCGCCGCCGGCGCUGGUGGACCGGCAGAUGGCGCUGAUGAACGGGCUGCUGCAGCUGCGGCAGAACGUGGUGCUCGUGCGCGACACGCGGCACCGCGAGCGCCUGCACCCGCGGUUCCAGCUGCGGCACUCGUCGUCGUUCGCGGAGCUCGAGGCGCCCGUGCAGCGCGCGCUCGUCGAGCUGCACGACGACUACUUCCACAACCGCCACCUCGACCUCUGGACGCAGUCCGCGCAGGAGACCCUCCCGCACCUCCUGCAGUGCUCCGACAUGCUGGUCUUCGGCGAGGACCUGGGCUUCGUGCCGACGUGCGUGACGCCCGUGAUGCGCUCGCUCGGCAUCAUCGGGCUGCGCAUCCAGCGCAUGCCGCCGCCCGUCGAGCAGCCCGAGGGCACGCAGUUCUCGGACCUCUCGCGGCACCCGUACCUGUCGGUGGCGUCGCCGUCGUGCCACGACGUCGCGCCGCUGCGGCUGUGGUGGGAGAGCGACCCGCGCCGGACCGCGCGGUUCGCGUUCGAGAUGCUCCGCGUCCCGGACCCGUCCGAGAAGUGCACCGCGGAGAUGGCGGGGCUGGUGUUGCAGCACCACUUCAACUGCCCGUCCGUGUUCACGGUGCUGCUGCUCCAGGACCUGCUGGCGCUGUCGGACGACCUGAACACGCGGCCCGCGGCGCAGGAGACGAUCAACAACCCCGCGGUGUUCCCGUGGUACUGGCGGUACCGCAUGCACGUGACGCUGGAGGAGCUGAUCGCGCACAAGGAGUUCCCCGCGACGGUGCGGGGCAUGCUCGCGUCGUCGGGGCGCACGGGCGGCGGCGGGUUCGAGAAGCCGCGCGGCCCGAGCUACGUCGUCGGCGAGAGCAUCAACAUCGUGCCGUGCGGGCGGCGGUCGCACACGGGCGUGUGCCUGUUCAGCUCGACGCCGCCGCGGUUCGUGUCCCUCGCGCACGACACCCACGACACCGGGUCGGCCACGUCCAGCGCCGCGGGGUCGCACCGCAUCGAGAGCCACCUCGACGGGAUGCAGGCGCAGGGCGCGCAGGCGUCGACGUGGAGGAACCCGUGGCCGCGGGAGGGGGAGGCCGACGGCGGCGCGCACGGGAUCAAGUCGCCCGUGGACGACUUGCGGAAGCGGCGGUCGAUCGACAUGCAGAACAAGACGCGCAUGGGCGCCGGGUCGCGCGCGGAGGCCGCGGGCCUGACGCGGCUGUCGACGUACUCGGAGGGCGGGCAGACGGCGCCGGAGGGCAGGGUGCGUGCGGGGAGCGGCGGGCCGCCGGGCCGGCAGCACAAGUGA